ACGACAAGAAGGGAACUUACCAUCAUCUUCAUAUCAAACUGUCUCUCUCGCGGAUACUUUGUAGUGAACAACGAUCCGAGCCUUUUCGGAAAUGAAGGACGUAUUCACUCCAGACUGAAAAGGAUAUCUAUUUAUGACUUUUACUCAUUCAGUUUUUUUCAAUAAUCAACUAGAUUUAAUACUUUUACAGUUUUUGCUUGCCUUUGCUGGAGUUUUGACAUCCGUACGAUGGCCGAAAACAAGCAGCCGCACGUUGUUUUCUGCAGCGACUCUCCAAAAAGAGUUUUGGUGUCCGUUAUUAAGACCACGCCGAUCAAACCGAGGAAAGCGGAGGCCCUGACGCCGACGAGUCCCGGUUUCAGCGACUUCAUGGUCUACCCGUGGAAAUGGGGGGAGAACGCCCACAAUGUGACUCUGAGCCCGGGCUCGUUUAGCGGGGCUUCGUCACCGACCGGGACCCAGACGGCCAGGGAAGCGGACACGGACCCUACACCUGACCAGAUCAGGGAUGGCAUCCGCAGAGGGCGUCCGCGGGCCGACACUGUCCGGGAGCUCAUAAACGAGGGGGAGACUUCGUCCAGCCACAUUCGCUGCAACAUCUGCAACCGGGUGUUUCCCAGAGAGAAGUCGCUUCAGGCUCACAAGAGGACACACACAGGAGAGAGGCCCUACCUGUGUGACUACCCGAAUUGUGGGAAGGCGUUUGUCCAGAGUGGUCAGCUGAAGACGCACCAGCGACUGCACACUGGGGAGAAACCCUUCGUCUGCUCGGAGAAAGGAUGUGGCAAUCGGUUCACACACGCCAACCGUCACUGUCCCAAGCAUCCGUUCUCCCGCCUGAAGAGAGAGGAACCAAAGGAGGGCCAGGGGAAGGCUCAGUCUGUGGAUAACAAGGCUGUGGCAGAGUGGCUGGCAAAGUACUGGCAAACUCGUGAGCAGCGUGCCCCCCUAACCACCAAGGGGAAGCCACAGGGCAAGGCGCGAUCCGAGGACCAGGAGCAGCAGGAUCCCAUGGAGUUCCUCCAGUCCGACGAGGAGAACGGCGACGACGAGGAGAAGGCCGAGGAGGAGAAGGGCGGCCAGGGAGGAGCCGCGAAGCGCCGCCUCCAGGAGCAACGGGAGCGUCUCCACGGUGCUCUGGCACUCAUUGAGCUGGCCAACAACCUGUCUCCCUGAACACCCAGCCCACCCACCCCCACUUCCUGGUCCGGGAGCCCCCCCCCCCCCAUUCCCCGUCCCUCAUA